GUUUUGUUACUGGUGAUUUGAUAAAACUAAUUAUUAAACAUGUCAUUGAUUUGACAUUGUCAUGAAAUAUCUUGAAUGUAAGCUAAUUUUCCUAUCUCUAUGUAAAAUCAUUGAUUUUUUUUUCAAAAAUGGAUAAAGCGGGCCCUAGUUCUGGAAAAAUUAACAUCGUGAUAAUUGAAGGAAAUAAAGGUAAAGGCCGGUUAUCGAAUCAAGGAAUGGUGCUUCUGCACGCUGGCCAUAAAUAUAAUUUUGUUAAAACAAAUAUGUGUGGUACAACUAAUUGGCGAUGCGUCAAUAAAAACAUUUGUAGCACUUCCAUAACAUUAACAGCUGAUAAUAAAGAAAUUGUGAAAGAAGCUAAACAUGUAUGUUUACCAGAUUAUGAACGUAACAAAAUUGAUUUCACAAUGUCAUUAGCCAAACAAGAGGUUUGUCUUAAUAUGGCGCCUAUACCUGAAAUUUUUGAGAAACACUAUUACAAACUUCAUAAACAGGAUUCUGAUCAUACAUUUGGUCAGGGCGAAAUGCUUUCCCCAGAGGAAUUACCUACAUUCAGUUCAAAAAAGGAUACGCUGUAUCGGGCACGCUAUAAAUUUUUAAAUGUAAAAAAAAGUAAAUUUUUGCGACCCCAAGAUGUGCAGUUGCCAGACAGUUUAGUAAGUGAUUUCUUUUUGUAUGACGAUGGUGUUGAAGAGAAGAUUAUAAUUUUUGGUACUCGACUGGCAAAAGCAACAUUGAAAACAGUUGAUAUUGUGUACGUUGAUGGAACGUUUAGAUGUUGCCCGAUUCCUUUCUAUCAGCUGCUUUCUGUAUGGUUCAAGAGCUACGUAUAUUUAUGGAUGUUUAGUAGCAAGAUAUAA